ACUAUAUAUGUGUCAUAACAUAUAUGUAUACAAAUGUAAACAUAGUCAAAUAUGAGCAAAAUCCUAAUCAAAAUGUAGUAGUUUAAAACAGUGUUAAAAGUCGAGAAGAAGAGCUAUGUAAAGUUGAGAAGACUUAUGUAAAAGCAACUGAUUACUGUGAAAUAAGUAACUAAAAUCUGUCUUAUUGUAAAUGCAUUUUUGAAAGACCUGAGUACCUGAGUAUACUAUUUUUUGAAACAGCAAUUGAUCAUGCUAAGUUGCUGUGCCAAAGGAUUUUUGAAGGAAGAAUUUCGUUUUAAACAUAAUGUUGGAGGAAAUGCUUGUUUUGGUUUGAUAAAAUGCUUGAAUUAUGCUUGAAUUGGUUUGAUGAAAGGCAGGAAAUUACAUUAGUAAAUGCUUCAGGGUACCAAAAGGCUGAAUCAUUUACUAAUCAGCUUCAGUUUUUUGUCUAAUGGUGUCUAAUAGUAAAGGACUGAAGUAUUAGUAAGGUACUACUAAUGCUUCAGUAAUUCGGAAUGGGCAAUAGUAAUAGAUUCCUCUAAUUAUUGCCCGGUCUUCUUACUACUAUUAGUAAAGUCUUUGAAUUUUUAAUUAACAAAAUUUUAAUAUCUCAUUUUGAGUGUAACAGCUUACUAUUUAAAAAUCAUAAUAGAUUUUGAUCUGCUUGUUCUAUUGCUGAAAUUUUUUUUUUAUGUUAAUUUGUCUCCCCAUGGCCGAAAAGACUACUACAGACGAACCACUACACCACUUAUGACUACUUAAUUGUGGUUAUAACCCUCUUUCAACUCUAUGACACCAAAACACGAACCUUGAUGAACAAGGCCACUGUGCUGAGAAAGCUGAGCGGUACUACCAGGCGGUGUAGAAGAAGUUAUAAGGAAAGAAGUUUGGGUUUUUCUUUUUGAACUCUAUCCUUUUAAUACAACAGCUAGAGAACGUGACAUAUUAGCUGUAGAAAACACUGUGCGGUAUGAAGCCAUGAAAAUACGUUGGAAAACACUUCUUAAAGGUUUAGUAAAUGAUUACGAAAGUGUUUAUUAUUGCCCAAAAUGGUUUACUGGAUGUCCUAAAAAUGCUAAUGAGUAUACUGAAACAUCAGGUAUUACGGAAGCUGUGAUUGUAAAUAGUACUGCAGAAGUUCAUGCCGAUAUAAUUGAAGAGUGUAAUCUGUCUUGCCCAAAUGACUAUAAAAAUGUGGGUCAAUUUGAGACAGAUCAUUUAAAAUCAAACUAUAUUGUUUCUAAUUGUUCUGAAACGUUUCCUUGUCCUUUAUUAUCUUCAGACAUAGUUAAAAAAGUACCAUCUACAAUGGAAGGUGCCACCACAGUUCAUGACUGUUAUGAACAAAAAAAAUCUAAUUGUAAAGAACUUUUGAAUAUCAUUGAUUGUUGUAUUGACCAAAAUGCUUGCCUUAAGCAUAACAUUUGUAGUGAAUAUAACCCUUUUAGUGAUGAUGAAAAACAUUUAAAUAUUGAAAGUAUUCAACAUGUUGAACUUUAUGAAAGUUUAAAUUCAGAAGAUAUAAGCAAAGCACUUGCUGAUGCUAUGAUUGAGUACACAGAAUCUGAUGAAAAAAAAUCUCUACUUUCUGGUUUUGAUAGCUUUGAUCUAUUAAGUGAAGAUGUUGUAUCUUCAGUAAAAACUUGUAAAGAAAGGACUAAGAAUAUAAAGACUUUUGGGGGAAAUAUAGAAACAUUUUUAAAUAAAGAUUUUGAACCAUUAAAAAAAUUGUUAAACAAUCCAGAAAGUAAAAAAUGUUUUUCUUCUCAAAUAGAGCAUAUAAACAAUACAUCAGAUGAUUUUUUGGAUACUUCUUCUUUUACUGACCCUUUUGAAGAUCCUAUGUUGCAAAAAAGUAAAAAUAUGCAAGAAUCAUUGUAUUCGAAAUCAGAAAAUUUUAAAUCCAUUGACUUGAGUGAUCUUCCUCCUCCAACAUCUUCUAAAUCUAUUGAUUUAAGUGAUCUUUCUCCUCUAACAUCUUCUAAAUCUAUUGAUUUAAGUGAUCUUUCUCCUCUAACAUCUUCUAAAUCUAUUGAUUUAAGUGAUCUUCCUCUAACAUUUUUUAAACCUAUUGAUUUAAGUGAUCUUCCUCUUCUAACAUCUACUAAUAUUAUUUCUAAUCAAAAUGUUUUAUCUAAUCAUAUUCAUAAAAAAUCAAAAAAAGAAUCAUCUGCUCCAUUUGAUGCUUAUGAUUCAGAGUAUCAUAAUAAAUCAAAUAAAAAUUAUUCAUCUGCUAUAGCUCCUUCCUAUUUUAAUGAUAAUAGUAUAUUUAAGCCCAUAAGCCCAAAAAAAGACUGCAUAAAUUCUAGUAUAGAUUGCUCUAUAAGUCCAGAAACUUCAUUCAUUUAUGAUGACAGUAUCCAUAAUGGUUCCCUUGAAAAUAACGAAAGAGAAGAUUUUUCUGGUUCAAGAGAAUCACCAAUUUUCGACAAUUCUGUUAAUGAAAUGCUUAUCAAAUAUGAAACCGAUCGAGAUGGGAUUAAGUCACCAACGGGAGAAGUUCUAGAUAAUCUUCCACCUUGGAUUGCUCAAAUGAUUAAAGCAAGCACUCCACCUCAACCGUUGACUAAGCUUAAACGAGCCAAAUCAUUAGUUAGAGCAGAAACAAGCAAUAGAAGGUACACAAGGCUAAACAGCUUUGAUUCAGCAUUACCUUAUGACAAUAAUUUACUUGGAAUUGUGGAAAAUGCAAAUAAAUAUCUUUUAGAGCAAAUGCAUCUUCAUACCGAAAAAGUAGGAGCAGUUUCAUUGUCGCAAGUUGUUGCAGAUGUGCAUUCACCAAAAGAAACUGUAAAAAAAUCUGAUACAUCAGUUUUAGAUAUAAUAGGGGCCCAAGGAAUACCUAAUCAAAAUGAUGAUUCGUUUUUAGUAGACACUCCAAAAUUUCAAUUUAUUUUAAAUAAUAAGGACUUUAAUGACAGUUUAAAUAAAUCUGUUAACUCUGAUUUAAAUUCAUGUCCGUAUUGCAAUUUUGAUCCUGCUCAUCCUCCUAAAAUUAUACUUCCUUCAUUAACAGCACUUGGAGAGGAACAGCUUAAAUUUAUAGAAAUACAAGCUCAAGUUUUUGCAGCCAGACAGCCCUAUGAUGAAAAAAUGAUAUCUGCAUCUAUCCGUGUCAUUGAUAAAGAUGUACCAAGAACAGAUAGAGAGUUGCCACUCUUUAAAGAUGACAAUAAUCCUGGCUUGGUAAAAUUAAGAGAUUCUUUGCUGACAUAUGCUUUUUUUCAUCCAGAGGUGGGGUAUGCUCAAGGAAUGAAUGACAUAAUGAGUCGUUUUCUCUUUGUAAUGGAUACAGAAGCAGAAGCUUAUUGGAUGUUUGUCAAUUAUAUGGAACAUUUUAAAAAAGAUUUUAUGGAAGAAGGAAUGUUAAGAAAAAUAUCACUCUUGGAACAACUUCUAAUGAAAAUGGACAGAGAGCUAUAUGAUGUACUUCAAUCUACAGACAUGGGUUUAAUGUUUUGUCACAGAUGGCUACUUUUGAAUUUUAAGCGUGAGUUUGAUUACAAAGAAGCCCUUCGUUUAUUUGAAAUAACCAGUAGUCGACACUUGGAAGUUUCAUCACUUGAAGCAGAAAUGGAACGUUAUAAAGAAAGAGCAAAGGAGUUUGAAAAUAACAGUGCAGGAACACAUCAAGAAGAAAUUUAUUUAUCUCCAGAAUAUCCUUUUGAUAUUUUUGUAUGCGUUGCAAUGUUGAUGGAAUGUCGUAACUUAAUCAUGGACACUGCAAAUGAUAUAUGUGCUAUUUAUCAUAUUCUCUCAAAGUUACCAACAACUCUUGAUUUAAGUAAAGUUCUUCAAAGAUCUGAAGAGCUUUUCUAUCAGUAUUGUAGAAAAACUGUUGUCGAUUGCUUUCAAGUUAUAGACGAACUUGAAAUAAAAGAUUUCAAAAGGAAUAAAUUUUCAUUUAGAUAGUUUUGUUUUACUUUCUUUCUUUUUUUUGCUGACUUUUUUGAGUUUUUGUUUUUUUAUUUAUUUUUAUCUUCUAAACUUCUUGCAACAUCUUUUUUUAUGUUUUUUUUUUAAUCUAUUUCUAUGUAUUUGUUCCUCUCAACUUAAACAAAAAAGUUUUUA